AUGGGGGAAUCUCCAGGCAGUCGCCAUAUAUCUGUACAGCCAAAGGGCAGUCUAGUGCCGCAGCCCCAACGGCUUAUGCUGCGCCACAAGCUCCACUCUCUGCUGUACUGUGCCACGCCGGGCUCCCUUCCCCAGUGCUACGCCACAGACUCCACUCUCUACAGUGCCACCUCGGGCUCCCUUCCCCAGUGCUGCGCCACAGACGCCACAGGCAUAUCCACAUUUUCCAAGCGAUGCAACAGUUGUGGGCUGGUUUACCGCUACCAAGACUGGAUUCAUGGUGUCCACAAUUACAAUGACCGAGUGCUUCUUAGCAUCCACCUCUGUCUUUUCUUACAAUUUCUUUUGCAGGGUCAUGUAGCUGUUGGCAGACUGCGCACUAUAUUGCAGAGAACAACUAAAGUGAAAUACCCGAGGGAGCAAGAUUUUCUCCAUGCAUAUUUGCAUUUUGAAGCCAUGACCCAGCACGAAUACAGCUACUCCUGUGUGAAAUGUGGUCAUCAUCCUCCUAUUGUAAUCAUGGAUCUGCACAAAAAGGGGGUCUUCAAUAUGCCAGUCAGUGAUAUAAGUGCAGCACCAGAGAAUUUCGAUGGGGAGGUAAACUCUGAAGAAUUUUGGGACACGAUGUCCAUGGAAAUGGUUGCUAGUGGCCUGUUGAAGAGAGGGGAGACGAACCCUUACAGAGUGAAGCCCAGUUAUGAGUACUGGGCCCCUUGGAUCGGCAGGGAAACCAGGAAGGCACCAACAGUAGUCAACACUGAGUGGCAGAAGGUGCAGAGUACACUCCCUCCAGACAGCACCACAGACAUGGACAUCACUGAGGAGAGACUUUGUGAUGAAGUCAUGAAGUUAAAGGUUGCUGAUGUCAGGCGACUUUGCAAAGCCUGUGGUGUGGGACACCAAGGUUCCAAAACGGACCUCAUCAUUAGGCUUAAGGGCGAAAUGCAGAACAGGGCUGCCUAUGACAAAAUCUUCCAGAAAGUUUGGGGCGCCUCAGGUGGCUGGGCAGCAAUAUUGUGUCCCUGCGGUAUUGUCUACAGCGUGAAAUUCUUGGUCAGAGCAGAAAGUCCACGUGACUUUGCUGACCUGCUGUUCUCUUGGAAACACAUCCCCAACAUUUGCAUUUACGAUUUUGCUCGUGGGUUGGCAACACACGCCAACCUAAGGAGACCUGGGGCGAUUCCCUUCACACCCUUUGAGGGACGGCUUGCGGAGUCCACCGACGAUAACAUCAAGGCAGCUCGGGCAGGAGAACUGUCAGUGGACUUGCCCUGGCUCAGGGAGAAGGGAACGACUGAGGCAGGUGGCCACCCUGUGACUGGGUCCAGUCAGCACUACGUCCUCUAUGACCGAUUUCAUGAGGCCAACAGCAGAGACCCCCGAGAUGCCUUAAGGAGACUGCAGUUGGUUCCCGAAUUGGCUGGCCAGGUGAACACCCAAGUGGCGGAACAGCUGUUUGGGGACAUGAGGCGAAAUAACUACUACCUGAAUAUGAUGUCCCCGUCAACUCAUAUAUUCAUGGUGAGGAGCCUCAUCCAAGUCCACAAUGACCUAAAAAAUCAAGCAAUGAGGCACCGAAUUGCGCAGGCUCUUGGCCCUCAACAAAACCUUGGCCUUGAUGGUCUGGGAAGGCUGAUAAUUGAGAAGGAAAUGCCAGCAGCGUUGGCCAGCGUGAGGCCAAAUAAGACUACCUGGGGCAGGCCUCUCUCUCUGGCUCAGCGUGAGCAGUUGGCCAACGCUCUCCGAGAUGGCCCUGAUCCGGUUGUCGAACAACCAUACCAGGUCAGCCUAGAGGACUUUCGAAGCCUGGCAGGCCAGGGCGAACUGUAA